CUUCCGGGGUGGGUCCACCUCACCAUCAGUGGUGCCUGAGGCUUGUUUCUGGGGUGGGCCUGGAGGACUGCCCCGAGGGCCUGCCCCAGGGGAAGCCCUUCUCCCAACCGCACCCCACCCCAUGGCCCUCUCCUUGUUGCUGUGGUUCCAUGAGACAUCAGCUUGCUCCUGCAGUGUCCCUCUGCUAUCUUCCCGAAGCCUCUGCAGGCAGUGCAGGUGCCCUGGAGCAGCAGCUCCCUGCACAUGUGGUGCUGUCAGAGUCCUUAGAGGGACGUGGGAAGCUGCUGCUUCAAAUCAGAGGGCUGAAGCUUUAAGGUGGCAAAAUUGGUCACUGCUGGGAUUAUUUCUCAGCCUUGGGAAGACCCUGCUACUCCAAUUCUGGUGGAAUUCCUGGGGUCUCAGAGUUAGUCUUUCUUUUUAGAUUGAUAUUUUGGUUCUCUUUAACCACAUUUGAUUAGUAUGUACCAAGGGUAUAGUGUGUGUCCAGCUCUGCAGCUGACGAUAGAGAAACACUGACAAACAGUCCCUGCUUGUGUGGGGUUUACCAGGUAGUAAAAUGCAAGCAUCCUGGGAAGAGUCACAGUUUUAAUGGGCAUCAGUUACUUACAACUCAGGUUAAAUGACUUGUGCUGGAGAAGAUGCUUUUCAAGGGUCUGGGUAAGGGCAAGGAAGCCCCAAGAGCUUGCUGAGCUCCGGGAGUUGGGCUAGACGGGGGCCUGAGUCCCCGGCAGUGACAGCACUAGGGGCUGGGUCCUCGGGGUCUCCCUGGAGGGAGAGUCUCCUGUUUGUGUCCCUGGAAGGAGGUCCUCUGGAGGAGCUAGAAGACUGGAACCACGGAGAAAAGAUGAAGAAGCGGUCCCCGUGGUGGGAGGGGAGCAGGUUUUAAAAAACGUUUCCUUUCGUUUUUUGGCCAAAAAAUUAGUAAUAUAUCCUUCAUUAUUCCAUUGAUGCCAAAAUUUGUAUCUAGCCAUCGUUGUGUUGCAGAUACUGUACUAGUUAUUGAGGCUUCAACAGCGUGGGUGCUUGGGUGUGCCACAUACAGCUUACGGUCAUUGAGACCGUAGAUGCUGUGGUUAGAAUAGAGAAAUUGAUGUUCCUGGCUAGGAAGCUUCUCUCAGUAUUGAUCUGCCCUGAAGGAUGGCUCUGUCUGCCCUGCCUAGCGGGGCUGGGGCAGACCUGUAUUCCUUUUGGGCCUGAGAACUUGUCUGGGGUCCUGGAAGAACAGAGUAUGUUAUGUUUUAGCAAGAUCACUGGCUUUGGGGAAAGAAACCUUAAAGCUUGUGGCCCUAGGCUGGUGUGCAUCCAGCCUGCCUAGCCCAGCCCUCCUUGUGGGAGGUGGCUGGCUCCUGUCAAUCAGUCCCAAGAGACUGACUGAAGCAUAUUUGAAAUCUUUGGGGGGAUUGUUCCGACCACCUGCCAAACUUUUGAGUCACCCCCUUUUGGUGCCAGCUGUUGCGUGAGCAAAGAAUAGGAACCCAAGCAAAGUGUAAUUAGAAAGGCAAAUCUGCUGCUAAAAUCUUGCCUCGAUGAACACCAGGCUGAGGGUCCCCACAUUGCUUCCCUUCUCUCCUGUGCUCUGUUCUGAAUGGUGGGGUGAAACCAUCUUGGGGCAUUGCCUCCGUUCUUUUGCAUAUCCUGGUUGGCAGUGUUCAUUUCAGGAAUCUGAGACACCAGGCAUUCAGUGGACGUGCGUAUGACUGGAAAGUAGAAUCUCACUUCAAUUUUAUGUUCUAGAGCGUAUCUGUGUUAGUUUGCAUGAGUGGGAGUGGGUUCUUUGGGAAUUCAUAAUUGCUUUGAGUGGAAUAAGCAUGGAGCAAGACCUUUAAAAGAUGAGGUUCAUUUCAUAGACCCACUGUGUGCUAGCUGUGUGCUCUGGGCAAGUUUACUUAACCUGUCGGACUUCCGGCUCCUCAGUGACAAAAGCAGCGACUACGAUUUGCAGGGUUGUUGUGAGGACUAAGUGAAAUGCUGGAUCUUGCACAGUGUCUGGAGUGUUAAUUACAUGUGGGUAAUUAUGUGUGAGAUGCUGGCCAUCCUCCUUCUCAAGAGGAAACAAACAAAGUCAGAUGAAAAUCUAGUAGCAGGGAUAUCAGGCCGGAAGGUGUAGAGGACUUUGGUAGUUCUGCGAAUCUACCAACAAUUAUCUAUUCGAAACAUAGUUUUGGACGUGCACUCUGUGGCAGGCUCUGGGAAUACAGCAGGAGGCAUGACCCUGUCCUGGGUCUUGAGGAGACUUCAAGAGACUGUCACAUCCAGAGAUUACUGCAAUAUGGCUUUGGGAGCAAAAGGAGGGAGAGCUUCUCUGAAGAAAUGGCCUGUCUUCAGAGACCUGGCUAGGGAGGGAAGGUCAUCAUGUGCAGGUGGAAAGUGGGGUAGGGUCCUCCAGGCAGAGGAGACAAGCGUGCUCGGAAGCCCAGAGCAGGAAGAGCGGCUCAUUCAGGGAACGUGGGUAGGCUGCUCAUAGGGAAGUGCUGGGCGGGAAAGCUGGGGAUGGUGCACCAUCUGCUCCAGGCUUGAGAACCAGGGCUGGCGAUAAACGAUGCUUUUCCAUAAUCAAGGCACCUACCUGCACACGGGCAGAACAGAACCAACCCUUCCGAGGUGAGAGAUCUCCUUUCUCCUCUUCUGCCUUUCUCUUCUUCCCAAGUUCGAGGCUCCUUCCAGCAUAAAUAGUUCCGUUAUUGAAGGAAGGAAUCCAAGCACCAGCAUUCCGUUGCUUUCAAACUAGAAUGUUUAAUGUCAGGCGUUUUCUGACAGGGAUCACCUUUGGAAAAUGAAAGGCCAGUGAACAAUUAGAAUUACAAAUUGUCUCAUUUUCCUUCUGUGUUUUCUUUGAAGACCAGUUGGGUGGAAACAGACCCAAUUAUUUCUUUAUCACAUAUAAAAUACCCCAAAAGCCUGAGCCAAGCCUUCCUUUAGGUUGGUGAAUUACGUGGAGGAGAGGGCAGCCUAUUACUAACCUGCACUAUUAAUUACAGGGCACUUGUAAAAAAGAAUUAAGCCUGGAAAUGCAGCUGGCAAGCUAACAUCUAAUUCAGUAAAUAAUUGAGAGUCAAACCAUUAUUUUCCUGAAAACUAGAAAUUGUUCAACGUACUUUCCUGAUUAGCACCUAAAUAAUAAAGUAAUUAUGUAGUUAGUAAGUAAUUUGUCACUUCAGGAUGUAAAUUUAAUUUAUUAUCUUUUCUUUUAAGCUUGGCACCAGGCGUAAUAGAGGCAGUGUCUGUGUUAACUGUAUUUCAAGGGGCAGGCUGGGCAGGGAGAGGCUGUGUCGGAGAUGGACACACACUCUCAGUGGGAAGAGGCCUGCAAGUGAGGAUCCCAGGACCCCUUUACAAGGACUUUGACUUUUUGCCAUUAUUUUUAGUAUAUUCUUAGGCACUGGAUAAGAAUUGAUUUUUUUGAGGACGUGCGAGGCGUAAAAUAUUGCAUGUGGUGACGUGUGUGAGGACGUGCGAGGCGUAUGUUUUUGCAUGUGAUGACGUGCGAGGACGUGCGAGGCGUAUGUUUUUGCAUGUGAUGACAUGCGAGGACGUGCGAGGCGUAUGUUUUUGCAUGUGGUGACGUGUGUGAGGACGUGCGAGGCACAUGUUUUUGCAUGUGAUGACGUGUGUGAGGACGUGCGAGGCGUAUGUUUUUGCUUGUGAUGACGUGUGCGAGGACGUGCGAGGCGUAUGUUUUUGCAUGUGGUGACGUGUGCGAGGACGUGCGAGGCGUAUGUUUUUGCAUGUGGUGACGUGUGCGAGGACGUGUGAGGCGUAUAUUUUUGCAUGUGGUGACGUGUGCGAGGACGUGCGAGGCGCAUGUUUUUGCAUGUGACGUGCGAGGACGUGCGAGGCGUAUGUUUUUGCUUGUGAUGACAUGUGCGAGGACGUGCGAGGCGUAUGUUUUUGCAUGUGGUGACGUGUGCGAGGACGUGCGAGGCGAAUGUUAUUGCAUGUGGUGACGUGUGCGAGGACGUGCGAGGCGUAUGUUUUUGCAUGUGGUGACGUGUGCGAGGACGUGCGAGGCGUAUGUUUUUGCAUGUGAUGACGUGUGCAAGGACGUGCGAGGCGAAUGUUUUUGCAUGUGGUGACAUGUGCGAGGACGUGCGAGGCGCAUGUUUUUGCUUGUGAUAACGCGUGCUCCUGCAUUCAUUCAGUGGCCACCCCCUGUGUGCCCCUGAUGUGCUUGCACUGAGCUGCAGGCUUCGGAGAUGGGAGAUGAAAGUGGUGUAACUAUGGUCUUGCUCUUAAGAAGUGUUUUGUGUUUGCACUGGUGCUGGCCUGUAGGUCUGUGCAUGUGUGAACACCACUCAUUUGUUUGUUUCAUUCUUUCAUUCAUUCGACAAAUGUUUGCUGAGCCCUUGGCUACUACAUCCAGGAACUAUGCUAAAAGAUGGGCAUGUGGUGACCUAUAUGCAAAACGGGGCUGCCCUUAAGGAGCCACCAUCCUAAUAAAGGGGACAGCCCCUCCCACCUUUACAGAAACACCCCCCCAGUACAUCGAGGCCAAGGAGGGUGGUAGUAUCACCAUGACCUGCACAGCUUUUGGGAACCCCAAGCCCAUUGUCACCUGGCUCAAGGAGGGGACACUCCUCGGUGCUAGUGGGAAAUACCAGGUGAGUGAUGGCAGCCUGACAGUGACAUCGGUCAGUCGGGAGGACAGAGGUGCCUACACCUGUCGAGCGUACAGCAUUCAGGGGGAGGCUGUCCACACCACCCACCUGCUUGUCCAAGGGCCCCCUUUCAUCGUCUCCCCUCCUGAGAACAUCACCGUCAACAUCUCCCAGGAUGCUCUGCUCACCUGCCGGGCAGAGGCGUAUCCGGGCAACCUCACCUACACCUGGUACUGGCAGGACGAGAACGUCUACUUUCAGAAUGACCUGAAGCUGAGGGUGCGCAUCCUAAUCGAUGGGACCCUGAUCAUCUUCCGGGUGAAGCCAGAGGAUGCCGGGAAGUACACCUGUGUGCCCAGCAACAGCCUGGGGCGCUCCCCCUCCGCCUCAGCGUACCUGACGGUGCAGUACCCAGCCCGUGUCCUCAACAUGCCCCCUGUAAUUUAUGUGCCCGUGGGGAUCCAUGGCUACAUCCGCUGCCCUGUGGAUGCAGAACCACCAGCCACCGUGGUCAAGUGGAACAAGGACGGCCGCCCCCUGCAGGUCGAGAAGAACCUGGGUUGGACCCUGAUGGAGGAUGGCUCCAUUCGAAUUGAGGAGGCCACAGAGGAGGCUCUUGGCACUUACACCUGUGUGCCUUACAACACCCUGGGGACCAUGGGCCAGUCUGCCCCUGCGAGGCUUGUCCUGAAGGACCCCCCCUAUUUCACGGUGCUACCAGGCUGGGAGUACAGGCAGGAGGCCGGCCGGGAGCUGCUUAUCCCCUGCGCGGCUGCGGGGGACCCCUUUCCUGUCAUCACGUGGAGAAAGGUAGGGAAGCCCAGCAGAAGCAAGCACAGUGCCCUGCCCAGUGGGAGCCUGCAGUUCCGUGCCCUGAGUAAGGAGGACCACGGGGAGUGGGAAUGUGUUGCCACCAACGUGGUCACGAGCAUCACUGCCAGCACCCACCUCACCGUCAUCGGCACCAGCCCCCAUGCCCCGGGCAGUGUCCGGGUCCAGGUCUCCAUGACAACUGCCAACGUGUCCUGGGAACCAGGCUAUGAUGGAGGCUACGAGCAGACAUUCUCAGUUUGGUACGGACCUCUGAUGAAGCGGGCACAGUUUGGGCCCCAUGACUGGCUGUCCUUGCCAGUGCCGCCAGGACCCAGCUGGUUGCUGGUGGAUACCCUGGAGCCUGAGACAGCGUACCAGUUCAGCGUCCUGGCCCAGAACAAGCUGGGAACCAGCGCCUUCAGUGAGGUGGUCACUGUGAACACUUUAGCAUUCCCUAUUACAACUCCAGAACCCCUGGUGCUGGUCACCCCACCGAGGUGCCUCAUAGCCAAUCGGACUCAGCAGGGUGUGCUCCUGUCCUGGCUUCCGCCUGCCAACCACAGCUUUCCCAUCGACCGCUACAUCAUGGAGUUCCGCGUCGGGGAGCGCUGGGAGAUGCUGGACGAUGCCAUCCCCGGCACUGAUGGAGAGUUCUUUGCCAAGGAUCUGUCACAGGACACGUGGUACGAGUUCCGGGUUCUGGCCGUCAUGCAGGAUCUGAUCAGCGAGCCCAGCAACAUCGCCGGCGUCUCCAGCACAGACAUCUUCCCGCAGCCGGACCUGACCGAGGACGGGCUGGCGCGGCCUGUGCUGGCGGGAAUCGUAGCUACCAUCUGCUUCUUGGCAGCUGCCAUCCUGUUCAGCACCCUGGCUGCCUGCUUUGUCAACAAGCAGCGCAAGCGUAAGCUCAAGCGCAAAAAAGACCCUCCACUCUCUAUCACCCACUGCAGGAAGAGCCUGGAGUCUCCCUUGUCCUCUGGCAAGGUGAGCCCUGAGAGCAUCCGCACGCUCCGGGCGCCGUCAGAAUCCUCGGAUGACCAGGGCCAGCCUGCGGCCAAGAGGAUGCUGAGCCCCACCCGCGAGAAGGAGCUGUCGCUGUACAAGAAGACCAAGCGGGCCAUCAGCAGCAAGAAGUACAGCGUGGCCAAAGCGGAGGCCGAGGCGGAGGCCACCACGCCCAUCGAACUCAUCAGCAGAGGCCCUGAUGGCCGCUUCGUGAUGGACCCUGCCGAGAUGGAGCCCUCACUGAAGAGCAGGCGCAUCGAGGGCUUCCCCUUCGCCGAGGAGACGGACAUGUACCCCGAGUUCCGCCAGUCGGACGAGGAGAAUGAGGACCCACUGGUGCCCACAUCUGUGGCCGCCCUGAAGUCCCAGCUCACCCCUCUGUCAUCCAGCCAGGAGUCCUACCUGCCACCACCAGCAUACAGCCCUCGGUUCCAGCCCCGCGGGCUGGAGGGCCCCGGUGGCCUGGAAGGUCGGCUUCAGGCCACAGGCCAGGCCCGGCCCCCUGCCCCCCGGCCCUUCCACCACGGCCAGUAUUAUGGGUACCUCAGCAGCAGCAGCCCUGGGGAGGUGGAGCCGCCCCCAUUCUACGUGCCAGAAGUGGGCAGCCCCCUGAGCUCCGUCAUGUCAUCCCCGCCCCUGCACACCGAGGGGCCCUUUGGCCACCCUACCAUCCCCGAGGAGAAUGGAGAGAAUGCAUCCAACAGCACGCUGCCCUUGACUCAGACACCUACAGGAGGGCGCUCCCCUGAGCCCUGGGGCCGGCCAGAAUUCCCCUUCGGGGGGCUGGAGACCCCAGCAAUGAUGUUCCCCCACCAGCUGCCACCCUGUGAUGUGCCCGAGAGUCUGCAGCCCAAGGCCGGCCUCCCCCGAGGACUGCCCCCCACCUCCCUGCAGGUGCCCGCAGCCUACCCGGGCAUCCUGUCUCUGGAGGCACCAAAGGGUUGGGCAGGCAAGUCGCCUGGCAGGGGCCCUGUCCCAGCGCCCCCCGCCACCAAGUGGCAGGACAGACCUAUGCAACCUCUGGUAAGCCAAGGGCAGCUGCGACAUACAAGCCAAGGCAUGGGCAUACCCGUGCUGCCUUACCCCGAGCCGGCUGAGCCGGGGGCGCACGGCGGCCCCAGCACAUUUGGCCUGGACACCCGGUGGUAUGAGCCCCAGCCCCGGCCCCGGCCCAGCCCCCGGCAGGCCAGGCGCGCCGAGCCCAGUUUACAUCAAGUGGUGCUACAGCCCUCCCGGCUCUCACCUCUGACCCAAAGCCCCCUCAGCUCCCGCACUGGCUCCCCUGAGCUCGCCGCCCGUGCCCGGCCUCGCCCGGGCCUCCUGCAGCAGACAGAGAUGUCAGAGAUCACCCUGCAGCCUCCUGCUGCAGUCAGCUUUUCUCGAAAGUCCACGCCAUCCACGGGCUCCCCGACCCAGAGCAGCCGCAGCGGGAGUCCCAGCUACCGGCCCGCCAUGGGCUUCACCACACUGGCCACAGGCUACCCUUCCCCUCCACCUGGCCCCGCCCCUGCUGGGCCUGGGGACAGCUUGGACGUGUUUGGACAGACGCCUUCCCCUCGAAGGAUGGGGGAGGAACUGCUCCGACCAGAGCCCCCACCACCCACGUUACCUACUUCAGGAACACUUCCACCUGCACCCGAGAACGCUGCUGCACCUGAGAGGCUGGAGGCUCUGAAAUACCAACGGAUAAAGAAGCCCAAAAAGUCAUCCAAGGGCUCUUCGAAGUCAAAGAAACGAUCCGACGGUUCUGCCUCCCAGGCUCAGCAGCUUCCCAGCUCUCAGGUUCUGUGGCCCGAUGAAGCUGUCUGCCUCCGAAAGAAGAAGAGACAUUCCCGUCCUGACCCCUUUGCCCGGCUCUCGGACUUGUGCCACCGCCAGCUUCCGGAAGACCAGACAGCGAUUCUCAACAGUGUGGACCACGAUGACCCAGGCCAUGCCACUUUGCUGUGACUCCACCCCACCCUAGGUGUCCCCGGGGCGAGGUUGCUGGGCUCAGGCAGGGAGGGCCACCGUGUGGGGGUGUGUCCUCCUCCGCCUGCCAAGGACGGCCCGGAUCUUUGUCCUGCAUGCCCCCUCUUUUGCCAGAGCGGGCGUCUCCCUCCAGAUUCUGGCCACCUGUCUUCGGGACGGAGGGCGGGCAGACUUUCCACCUGUGGGUCGAGGUCAGGAAGUGGAUUGGAGCCUGGGCAGCACCUGUCUCCUCCCCUCCGCCCCCUGCUUCACUCGGUUGAUUUUUCUCAUCUCUUCCAAUGUCCUUGGAAGUGAAGAGGAAAGCACGGCUUUUACUGCUCUCUGCUUCUGUUUCAGUUUUUCAAGUCCUGGAAGAAGGCUGGACUUAAUGUCCGUCUUCCACACCCCCACAUAUGUAUAGAUAUAGAUACAGAUGCAUAUGUCUGUAGUGUGUGGGUUUCUCUAUGUGUGUGUGUAUAUAUAUAUACAUAUAUAUAUGUACAUCGAGGCAAA